CAGGCUGCCUGGAGGCUGAGGGAUCUUCUCAGCAUCUCUCUUGAGCCAGCAAGGGAGUUGUACUGAUGCCAUGAAACGAGGGAGAAAAAGAUGCUCAAAAUAAUGAAGGACAGAGAAUUUUGUUUUUUAAGGAUUUUUUUUUUGUCUAUACUACAACUGGCUCCAAAUUACGAUGCAUCAACAUAAAUUUCCUGCUUGAGCCUCAGGAGGAGGAGUGACAUUUUCCGACUGUACGUGAGCCCUCGUGUGUCACCAAGAUGCCGAUCCUGAAUCGAGAGUCCUUCAAAGAUUCAGCAAGCAGAGAUGCUCUGCCAAAGCUGCCGCUGCCUAGCCUUGGUGAAACUCUGGCCACAUACCUGAGGUGCAUGAAGCACCUGCUCACUGAAGAACAAUUCAACAAGACCCAGAACGUCGUGAAGCAGUUCGGAGCACCUGGAGGGGUGGGAGAGCUGCUGCAGCGCAAACUUGAGGAGAGGAGGGGAAAAACAGCAAACUGGGUUUAUGACUACUGGCUGAAUGACAUGUACCUGAACAACAGAGUGGCUCUGCCCGUCAACUCAAGCCCUGCAAUGGUUUUCCCCCAACAGACCUUCAAGGCUCCCAUCGACUCUUUAAGGUUUGCUGCACACUUAAUUUCAGGGGUUUUGGAGUACAAGACUCUUCUUGACGCUCGGGCCCUGCCUGUGGACUACGGCCGGGGCCAGCUGUCUGGAACACCUCUGUGCAUGGAGCAGUACUAUCGCCUCUUCACCUCGUACCGCCUACCGGGGCCUGACAGGGACACGCUGGUGGCCCAGGAGAGCAGCGUGAUGCCAGAGCCUGAGCACAUCAUUGUGGCUUGUAAGAACCAGUUCUUCGUUCUGGAUGUGGUGAUCAAUUUCCGAAGACUAAAUGAAAGAGAUCUGCUAAGUCAGCUGGAAAAAAUAACCAAGAUGGCAGGCUGUGAGGAUGAGCCUGUCCCACCCAUCGGUCUUCUCACUUCAGACGGACGGACAGAAUGGGCCGAGGCUCGCAGAGUGCUAAUGAGAGAUUCAACCAACCGAGACAACCUGGACAUGAUUGAGAGAUGUUUGUGCCUGGUUUGUUUGGAUGAAGCAAGUGGAACUGAACAAAGUGACACGACACGGGCUGCAAUGAUGCUGCACGGAGGUGGGCCGAGCAUGAACGGGGGCAACCGCUGGUAUGACAAGCCGAUGCAGUUUAUCGUCGGAGCUGAUGGCUGCUGUGGAGUCGUGUGUGAACACUCACCAUUUGAAGGAAUUGUUCUUGUGCAGUGCACAGAGUAUCUCCUUAAAUACAUGAUUGGCAGUCCGUCAAAACUGGUUAGGGCUGCGAGUGUAAGCGAGCUGCCUGCGCCACGCAGACUCCGUUGGAAAUGUUCCCCAGAAAUACAAAAACUCCUCACCUCCUCUGCUGACAAACUCCACAGACUGGUGAAAAAUCUGGACAUGAACGUCCACAAAUUCUCUGACUAUGGAAAACAGUUCAUCAAGCAGCAGAAAAUGAGUCCAGAUGCCUAUAUCCAGGUGGCACUACAGUUGGCAUACUAUCGGUGUCAUGGCAGACCAGUGUCAACAUAUGAGAGCGCCUCUACACGUCGUUUUCAGCAGGGCAGAGUAGACAACAUUCGCUCGGCCACACCUGAAGCUUUGGCCUUCGUUAGAGCAAUGACUGAUGGGAAGCUCAUCUCAAGUGGCAGGGAGAAAAUGGAGCUGUUGCGAUGUGCCAUCGAUGCACAGACAAAGUACACCGUUCUGGCAAUUACUGGGAUGGCAAUAGACAACCAUCUUCUAGGUCUGCGUGAAGUGGCUCGUGAAAUGAAACUAGAGAAACCCGAGAUCUUCAAAGAUAAAGCUUAUGUCAUCAGCAGUCACUUUAUUCUCUCUACAAGUCAGGUCCCAACCAGUGUAGAGAUGUUCUGCUGUUAUGGACCAGUGGUACCAAAUGGAUACGGCGUUUGCUAUAACCCUCAGUCAGACCACAUCAUCUUCUCAGUGUCCAGUUUCCACGAGAGCCAGCAGACGUGUUCAGCAGAAUUUGUAAAGUGCCUGGUCCAGGGACUUCAGGAUAUGAUGGAUCUGUGCAAUAGCUUCAACUGUGGCCACAAACCAGCCCAGCAAAUGGAAAAUCCGGCGGCGGAAAUGAAAAUGCAGAAAGAAACAAAGGAUAAAACAUCACAUAGAACAUCUGACUCAACCAAGUGUCAGUAAACAACCUUGCAGGUUCUGGUGAAGAGUCUAGAACCGACUUCUGCGUAGACCUGAAUCCAGACCUUUGCAAAAGGCCAGUCUCGUUACCUGUGGUGUGUUUUUAAAUGUAUUCAUGGUACAAUACUGUAUUUUUCCUGACUCCUGAAAAGCACACUGUAACUGUGAUGCAAAAUGUUACAUUAAUGUGCAAUGUGUACUGUGAAUUGUAAGUGAAGAUAUUCUAAUUAUUAGAAUUAGAAAUGAUUAUUUUUCUAUGGGUGAAGCUUUAUGUCUGUUGUCAAAAGCAGCGGGAGAUUAAAUAUAUUCAAAUUACAACUAUAUUAGAUGGGAAAAAAAUAACCAUAUUUAUAAAAA